AUGGCUAGUGGAGACAGUUUAAAUAAUUUUACGACCGAUUCGCUGACACCUCUGUGGAAAGCAACGUCGGAAUUUGAAGACGAGACGGACUCUCCUGGCAAGAAUAUCGACAAGAGCACCAAGGCGACAGGGUAUGGUGUUAGAUAUAUAGGUGUUGUUUAACUGAACGUUGGAAAGCCCUUGAAAUUUUGCAGUUUCGACUCGUGGUGCUUGUAUAUAAAAGCUCUUUAAAAUAUUACAUAUUAGUUUCGUAUCGGAAGUUCAUGUCCUACAAACUUCCGGGGCAAAAGGCGCUAUUUUUUACGUUUUAAAAAGUGUGUAAGGUGCGAAAACCACUCGUGGUCUGACCACAUUCGACGCGACGAAUUUGCUUUGUCAUUUUUUCGCAGCAAAUUUGCUAAAUUUCGUCCCCCGCAAUUUUAUUUGUAAUGUUUGUAAUAUCUCCCAACAUUGUGUGGGUUGUAUUUGCAUAUCUCUUAUUAAUACUUAUUAGUUUUUCGAUUUCAUCGGAAAUUUACAUCCAUCUGUUGCAAGCUAUUGCGAAAUUCUACCAGGGCUAUCGUUUUCCCUGCAGUGUGGGGCAAGUUUAAGCAAGAAUUCCAAGCAAAUAAUCUGUUUUUUGGAAGCGCUUUUAACGGUUUAUUUUUGUUCGCUUACAUAUAUUUAUUAAAAGGGCCUGUAAUUUGCAACAUUUCAGUAUUAAAUAUUAAACCCAUUAACUUUUUUUAAUUGAUUGAGUUUUUUGGAACACAUUUUUGUCGUCCUUUUUGUCAUACUUUAAGACUUUUUGCGAAGAAAGUAAAUGCGUGUAACGGUACACAAUAUCAAUGUUUCUUAGGAUAUUUAUAGCAGACAAAACAAUGAUAUUUUUGGACAAACUGAUUUUAAUAAAAGUUGCAUGUUAUGAUAUGGAAGAGCAUUGAAUUGAAGUACAAAUUUGCAGAUAGAGUUGGGGAAUUCAGUAGAAUAGAAAUGCCUCAUUAUUGACUCAAGGCCAAAUUGAGCUGAACAAAAGAUGUGAGUGGUUCAAGUAAGAACGGAACGUUAAUCACAGCAAUAUGGAAAUGACUUUUUUUACCACUUUUUUUACUCGAUCAGAGAACCUUUCAGAAACUUUACGAUCAGAGCAUGUUUCAGAAACUUUACUAUGAAACCUGGUUGCACAUUUAGCAUUUUUAAUGGUUGACAUUAUGUUGGUUAUGAAAUAGUAUUUAAAGAAGUCAUUUUCUGUAUGCCAUUCAUAAAUUUUUGUUUUUACUUGAACCACUCACAUAUAUUGUUUGUCUGUGUUUAAGUGUGGCAAAUAGACAACUAUCAUUUAUUCGUAUAUGGAUAAACUUGUGUGCAUUCAUCUUGACUGAAUUGAUGAUCUGUCUAUGUGUAUAAAUACAACAUAUUUAAUAAAUGUGCUGAUUUUUGGGCUAAAAUUUAAAUACUACACCACUUUAGACGUCAACGACUGCCUGUGUCAGCUAGCGUUAGGACCUGAAAAAUACAAAUAAACUUCCCUUUUACAGUUUUCUGGUAAAAAAACAAAAUACCAUUUAGUGCAUCAGAAGGCAUUGUGGAUUAAUGGAUUUUGUUACGAGAGAAUCAACAUCUAUCUAAUAUGCCAAGUGUUAACUUGUCAAUCAAUGUAUAUCAUACAUAGAUAUGGAAAUUGUUUUUGUUUCUGAUAAUCAUCAAUUUUAAUGUAAAAAUAUUAAUAUAUUUUUAUUUUCACAAUGCUCUUGAUGGCUCGAUCGAGCACUCUAUGAAACCAAUCACACGUUAAAACAUCUCCAGCAUGCGUUCAAUCAAAGCUGAUUAAAAGAACAAGGGAUGUAUGCAGCAUGGCAAGAAAUUAAUAAGGUUUCGCUGGUUGGCUUUCCAUGCUGCCGGGAGGAUUAAAAUCUAUGUUGAUGCUGUAUUUAAAGAUGAAGCUUAGAUUUGCCAUUGACUAAAAGCUUUUUCUCAUUAAACAGGAAAUCUAAAUCGUUGACAAAGGAUGCAAAAUCACAAAACAUUAAUGUUGUUGAUUGGACGGUAAGUUAACACAAUAAUCGGUAAACACUUGAAUCUCCUUCAAUAGAAAUAUAUAAUAUGUCACAGAACAUUAAAAAAUGCACCAGAAUGCAUUCAGAGCAUCUUGCAACCUAGUAACAGUGUGGAGCUUUUAUAGAAAAAAACUUUAGAUGCUUGUCUGAUGUUGUCAUGCAAAUGAAAAAAGUUUACCAUAAGUUUAAAUUUGUUGUAUGGUUCCUGAUACCAGCAUACCUAUAGAAAUGAAAAACAGUCAGAGAAAAUUCAAUUUAAAAUCUAGACAAAACAAAUUGUUUGGUCCCCCAGACAUGCAAAUGAUAUCAGUAAUAUAUGAUCUUCUAUUAUUGGAAUGAAUAGAAAACAUCUGUUUUUAAUUAAGAAAAAUAAAUAAAACAUUGAUUUAAACAAAUUGUCUAUAUAUAGUGUACAUAUUCCACAGGAAUUGACUAUCAGUUCUAAACUGUUCUCCCUAGAGGUCCUGUAAGGAUCAUCACUUAAUUUGAUCCAGUGUUACUACAGGAGGAAACCUAAACUAAACUAAUUUUAUUUAUACUGGAUAGUUCUAUCAGUUCUCAACUGUUCUUCCUAGAGGUCCGGUAAGGAUCAUCUCUUAUUGAUCCAGUGUUACUACAGGAGGAAACCUAAACUAAACUAACUUUAUUUAUACUGGAUAGCUCUAUCAGUUCUAAACUGUUCUUCCUAGAGGUCCGGUAAGGAUCAUCUCUUAUUGAUCCAGUGUUACUACAGGAGGAAACGUAAACUAAACUAACUUUAUUUAUACUGGAUAGCUCUAUCAGUUCUAAUCUGUUCUUCCUAGAGGUGGUCCAGUAAGAAUCAUCUCUUAUUGAUCCUGUGUUACUACAGGAGGAAACCUAAAUUAAAAUAACUUUAUUUUUACUGGAUAGCUCUAUCAGUUCUAAACUGUUCUUCCUAGAAAUCCAGUAAGGAUCAAUCUCUUAUUGAUCCAGUGUUACUACAGUACAGGAGGAAACUUGAGUACUCUAAGAAAAUCUGUUUGGCAGAGUCAAACUCAGGAAGCACUCUACUCACAUGCAACUGAGGCGAAGUUAUAAUCCGACAACUGUAUACUGUAUUGUUAAAGAAUCAAACCCAUAUGCAUCCCUACAGAUGUUGGCUGGUUGGCUUGGUAGAUUAUAUGUUGCUUGCAUUUUGUAUUUUCAGGAAAAUGCUGUAAUUGGAGAGCAUAUUUGGACGGAUGCAGAUUCAUCUGGUCACUCGUGUUGUAUUCCUGACAAUGAAUGUAUGGUAUGUCAAAAUGCAAUGUCUGUUAAAGAGCAUUUCACAGAAGGUGUCUUUUGGCAUGUGUAAUGACACACAUGAUUAGUCCCGAAUCGUGGCUGUGUGAUAAACCUAAAGCCUAAACAUAUUUUGUUAAUAUUUUAGAAAUCUGGACCAAAGCUCAAAUGUACUGGUGAGUAGUAUUAGCUCAUUUGAUUAUUGAUUCAGAUAUAUUGCCGGUACACAUCCUCCCGUUGAUUAGAAAGCCAAGUUCUUGUUACUGAUGUGUUCUCAUUAUUGUAAAAGGAGUUAUCUAUAACUUUUUCUCUCCAUUCAAUUCUGUUUUAACGAUUUAAAAUCUCUUUACAUGUAGCGUGUAAAGUUGUUGUUCACAUCAAAUGUAUGGAAAGUUUAGAACGGGUAGGUUAAGCAUUAGCAAAGUACUGUAUGGUUGUUUUUUAGUCAUUGACCAAUAUCGGGCCGAUUUUUGCCUUAUCGGUAGACAAUCAGAAUCAGUAGAAUUAUCUGUAUUUCCGAUUGUGUUACAAACCGAUUGUUUAGAAAAUAUGCAGUUUAAAAAUGAUACACAUUGUACAUUGAUACAUGUUGUGUUUUAACACGUUAUAUUUACAUCACUAGGUGAAUAUAAAAUGCAAGGUUACAUUUCGAGAAGGAAGCAGAAGGUCCAACGAUGACGAGGUAAUCAAAUUAGGAAAUAAAAAGUUUCUUAUACUGUAGGUUGACUGCAUGAUUGUAUAAAGCCUUGGUCAAACAAGCAUUAGAGUUGAGAAGCGAGAGUUUGCAUAAGAGUUUUCUCAACUCUCCUGCCCUGGUCAAACAAGAACAAGAGUUGCAUGAGAGUCCAUGAGAAUUGACUGGAUAUUAUUGCAUGUGUAGUCAAUUCUCUUUAGCCAAUUCUCAUUCUCAUCAUUCAAAUUGUUCAAGAUCAUUUGUUACAUUUUUGGAAAGCUGCUCAGAAUAAAUUAUAAGCAGAAAAAUUCGACCACAAAUUUUUUUCAGUUUCAGACACAGCAUCACUGGGUUUAUCAAAGAAAAUAUCAUGGAAAAUGUUCACAUUGUGGAAAGGUACGUAGAGUAUGGUACAUUGGAGAAAUAACCUUAGGCUAGCACAACUCUCAUCCUUGUUUUACUCUUUCAAUUUUGUAGUCAUUCCACACUAAACACAGUACAGUAAAGGUAUGUAUUAUAGUGAACCUGAUUAGUUGGUUAUUGAUUCAUGGGGAAGGUUGUUGAUCAGUAUAUUGAUUUGUAGAUUAUAUUAAUUAUCUAAUUGAUUGUUGAAACUAUGUCUUUCUAGGAUAUUGUGGCUGUGAGUUGUUCAUGGUGCAAAUGUGCUGUAAGUGCAUAAACUAAACCAAACUAAACUAAUCUUAUUUAAUAUGCUGAAUACUAUACAUAGGUCUAUCAGUUCUCAGUAAACUGUUCUUCUUAGAGGUCUAGUAAGGAUUGUCUCUUAUUGAUCCAAUGUUACUACAGGAGUAAACCUAAACUAAACUAACUUAAAGUUUAUUUAUACUGGAUAGCUCUAUCAGUUCUAAACUGUUCUCCCUAGAGGUCCAGUAAGGAUCAUCUCUUUUUGAUCCAGUGUUAAGUACUACAGGAGGAAACUUAAACUAACUUUAUUUAUACUGGAUAGUUCUAUCAGCUUUAAACUGUUCUCCCUAGAGGUCCAGUGAGGAUAAUCUCUUAUUGAUCCAGUGUUACUACAGGAGGAAACCUAAACUAAACUAAUUUUAUUUAUACUGGAUAGCUCUAUCAGUUCUAAACUGUUCUUCCUAGCGGUCCAGUAAGGAUCAUCUCUUAUUGAUCUAGUGUUACUACAGAUUACAAAAGGAAACCUGACUCAUUAACUUGCAGAACUUAACUUUAUGUUUUCAGUACCACUUUAACAAUGAAUGUGCAGUGUCUCUCAAAGAGAAUUCCUGCACGUUGGGUCAGAACAGCAACUUAAUCGUCCCACCUGCUUGGGUGGUGAAACUACCAAUAAAACGGGUAAGAAUCACUGAACUUUGUAAAUUAAGGAAAGAGAAAAGAAAUCAUUUCUUCUCUGUGAAAACGAGAGCCUUAUACAGUACUUUGGGUCAACAAACUCUUGUGAAUGUUUGAAUAUCAGAGUCCUCCAUAUAGAGAGGGCUCUAAUAAACUACUGUAUACAUCUUCUUUCUAGAGGAAAUAAUAUAUAUAUGAGCCUCCUCUCUCUAUUAAACCCACCUCUAGUUCCCAACAAAGAAACAAUGUUGACUUACUUUGAACGUUUCUGCCAUAUAUAGUAAGCCUCCCCCCCCCCCAGAAUUUGUCCCUCUACAAAAAGGUCCCACAGGAUUUACUAAGAUUAAUUUAAAAAUUAUUGGUGGUUUUUCCUAUUAUUAUUUUCAGUUUCGAAAUUCCUCCAUAAAGAAGCGGCAUACGAAGAGAAAGUCUGGCAGGGUAAGAUUAAUGUUGAAGUUUUUGUCACUCAACCUUAAUUUGCGCGUACAAGUGCGCCAACAGAUGGUGCUCAACUUCAAAAGUGUGUGAAAUUUAUGAUUGUUCGAUUCCGUAUGAUAUAAUUGACUAGUGGCUUAAUUGUUGUUACUAAAGCCCUGGGCAAACUAGGAAACGUUGAUGCGGAAACAUUGUUUCCUGCCAAUGUUUCGCCAUCAGUUUCCCAGAGUGGACAAAUACUAGGAAACAUUUAUAGUGAGAAACAUAGGGAAACAUCAAAUGUUUCUGAAUUUGCUAGGAAACAGUUUUGCAUCUCGAUUCUCGGGAAGCAAAUUUUGUUUCCGCAACAAUGUUUCCACGGGUGGGCAAACAUCGAGCCAUGAUCGAGGAUCGAAUCACAAAUGUUUCCACAACAAUGUUUCCUAGUUUGCCCAGGGCUUAAGGUUUUCAUUGGCUUCUUUUAUUUCAAGGACCACGAAACAUCUACAGUAUAUUUGCCCUAAUAUUUUUUGUCAGGCACAAAAUGUCCCGUGUUAGGCACCAAUCAGUUGGUACUUUGUCAGACACUGUUGGAAAUUUAUUUUCAGGAUUGCUUUUAUACAGUAGUACAGUACAUUCACGUCAUUACAAUAAUUAUAUCUUUAUAUACUUUUUUCUUUAGGAAAGGAAAGCAUUCGCGGUAAGUUUGGUUAAUUUUCAACAUAUGAUGACUGUCAACUUUUAUUCAACUGAAAGUACAGUAGAAUGACUUAAGACAAGACUUUGUGAUCCCAGGUCCUGAAUUUGUAUCCUGUUUUAUUUUAGGUCAGACCUGUCGCUGGAGACAAUCGAAGUCCAUUACUCGUAUUUAUUAAUCCUAAGAGUGGAGGAAAGCAGGUUUGCAACUAAACUGACUUGAUUUAUACUGAAUAUAGCUUUAUCGCUUCUGAACGGGCGUUUAGUUUUAAUUAGUGAUUAUAUUGAAUUGUCUAAAUCAAAUAUAUAUCUCUCAUUACAGGGUUCAAAAAUCAUUCGUAAAUUGCAAUGGCUUUUAAAUCCAAGACAGGUAAGAGCGAUUUUUAUCAUUGAUCGAAGGAUGAAGAUGGUCUCGCGGAUCAAUUGAAGAAUGCGACCCCCAUAAGUUACUUCUCCAAAGAACUGCCUCGUUCUUUAAGAACGCCUACUCAUUACUUAUUUUUGCUCAUGAAUGAUCUAGUUCAUGAAUUAAAAGUGUCUUUAGUAAAUAAAAUAGGGUUUAUCAAAGAACGAGGCAGUUCUUUAGAGAACUAAUUUGUGGGGGUCGUAUAUACUUCAAUUAGCCUUUCCCACGCCGCCAUUUUUGGGUGGCAUUUCAGCCGAAGUCUGCGAGAUAAGUCCACAUAACAGCGACUUUUUAUAAUUAUUUGGACGAAUGAUGGUAAAUUUGCUUUGUAAAUGGUUAGUUUAUUUUGAAAAAGUGCUUUCCACAUUGUUUUAAUUGUCUGCAUUGGUUAACGAGAAUUGGAUGCCACCCAAAAAUGGCGGAUAUUCGUGAUCGUGAGAAAGGCUAAUUGGGUAUUUGGGUCUCACUGCAUGAUAAGUUAAAUGUUGUGACAUUAGAGCGUACACAAUACUUAGUGUCAGGGACGCCGGAACGAUGUGAAGGCAAGGGGGCAGAUUUUCGUGAAAGGGCACUUUUGAAUUGAUAUAUACUAAGAGAUGUUUGCAAAACAUCGGGAGUUGAACUUCGCCUAAUAAUGUUUUCUAUUUAUUGGAUGAUAGGGGUGAGAGGGGGUUCUCCGCCAGGCGAUUGUGCUAUUCUUGAAGCUCGAUGACUGCAUUUCUUGCGUUUUCUGAAGCAAAUUCGUAAAAGAAUUGCACUAACAUUUCUGACAAUUCGCUAUUUCACCAACGCAAUCCUUUAAAUUCUAAGGGCACCUUUGCCACCCUUGCCCCUCCUGGUAAAGGGCAACGGGGGCGGCUGCCCCUCCUGCCCCCCCCCCCCAGUUCCGGCGUCCCUGCUUAGUAUGACACUAUUUUACCUUGGAAGGGUCAAUACAAACUCAGUUUUUUAAAUUCUCCAUUGUUUAUUGAGUUUCUCACUUAUUGGUGAGCGGAUUUCACAACUAGUAUCGCCCAAUUGGGGAUCCGAGGUACUUAUGAUUUAACGUCCUUAUUCGAGAAGACGCGAACAUCUAACCAUUUACUGAUGUCAAUGUAAAGGUAGCUCUUUCUCCUCAAUUAUUUUAAGAGCUUGAGUAGAGGUCCGAGCAAGGAUUGAACCCAGGUCUCCCCGCUUGAAAGACGUACACGGCGACCACGAACUAGAUACUGUUCUACAAACAAUUGUUUCUGUUGUAGGUGUUUGAUCUCUCGGAAGUUGAUCCAAAAUUUGGGUAGGUAUAUAAGGCUGAGAUGUGAUUCAGACGGAGCUUUCUUGACGUAAUUUCUAAUGCUCUCGCGUGGUCUAUUUUUGCAGUCUUCAACUAUAUCGGCGGGUUCCAAACUUAAGGAUAUUAGCCUGUGGUGGCGAUGGAACAGUAAGUGCUUUUUAUAUCAAUUUUCCUUAAGAAUUGGCCCUAGUUUUACUAGAAACUUAUUAACUUGCACAGAAGAACUAUCCGACGAACUAUAUUUUCUUAUACUCUGUCAAGAUUUUCUUACGAUUACGAUUAUGAUCAAAUGCGCUAAACAUCAAGUAUUAUACCCUUACCUAAUUAUAUAUUAUUACCUGGGAUAUUUUAUCGUUGCAACAAAUGUGAUAUUAAUUUAUUAACUGUGUUUAUUCUAACCCACCCUGUCAACUUUCCCUGUGGGAGGAAACCGGAGAAAACCCACGACUUUCGGCAGAGCGUUGACUGACUCUUUUCACAUGAGUCCGUAGUACAGUAUGCCAAGAUCAAACUUCAAAGCCACUAAAUAGAAGAUCUUUGUUUGAUGUUGAACUGUACCUUACCAUGAACAAAUCCUUUGUCUCAACUUCAUUGAAUAUUAUUCAUUGUGGUGGCACGUUUCAUCUCAGCUAUCCCUAUUGGACGAUUACUUCAUUUUACAAAAAUACAAUGAACUCAAUCACUGUGACCAUGUACAAAUUAACAUAAACUCAGUUAAAAAAUGUCAAAAACAUAAUACAAUGACUUCUGUUUUUUUUCCACACCAUCAUAUCUUUAUAGACUAUGGUUUCCUUUGCCCAAGUUCAUCCAGACGGAUCAUCCGUCUCUGGUGUCAAUCAUUAUCUAAUAAAUUUAUUUUAUUUUUGUUGCGAAGGUCGGCUGGGUUCUGUCAGAGUUGGACACUCUACAACUCUCGCCUCCUCCCCCCGUCUCGAUAUUACCGUUGGGGACUGGGAAUGAUUUAUCAAGAGUACUUAACUGGGGAGGGGUGAGUCAGUGUUUUGUGUAAUUAUAGUUUUCUAUUACUUGUAGUUUAGUUUAGGUUUCCUCCUGUAUUGACACUGGAUCAAUAAGAGAUGAUCCUUACUGGACCUCUAGGAAGAACAAUUUAGAACUGAUAGAGCUAUCCAGUAUAAAUAAAGUUAGUUUAGUUUAGGUUUCCUCCUGUAUUGACACUGGAUCAAUAAGAUACGAUGCUUACUGGACCUCUAGGAAGAACAGUUUAGAACUGAUAGACCUAUCCAGUAUAAAUAAAGUUAGUUUAGUUUAGGUUUCCUCCUGUAUUGACACUGGAUCAAUAAGAGAUGAUCCUUACUGGACCUCUACGAAGAACAAUUUAGAACUGAUAUCUAUCCAGUAUAAAUAAAGUUAGUUUAGUUUACAAUGUAUCGUAAUCACCUCUAUACAUAUCAUUUUACAGGGUUAUACUGACGAGCCGUUGGAAAGAAUUUUAAAUCAUCUCGAAGAGGCACAAAUUGUACAACUGGACAGGUUGAUAGUUGAUUAUAAAUGAUUGUUUGUUUGAUAGAUUGGUUCAAUUGUUGAUUGAUUGAAUAUUUGAAUGAUCUGAAUUUUUUCCAAGGUGGAAUCUUCAAGUGAGUGAAAACGAGAAAGGGGAGAAAGAGCCAAAUUCUGUUACGAAUGUAAGCAACUAGUAAUUACCUGCAUCCCUUUCCUUUUCUCUCUUCAUUGACAAAAUAAAAUCGGUAGAAAACGUGUUUUGACAAAUGAAUCAUUUUAUUCAUUUUCAGUUACCGUUGAAUGUAAUGAAUAAUUAUUUCAGCGUCGGAGCGGAUGCUGAAGUUAGCUUAGAGUUCCACGAGUCUAGAGGUAUGAAUAAUAUUAAACGGGGGGCAAACGUUCAAUAUAUUAUACUAUAGUAUACAUUUUCAGCAUAAAUGAAGUUGGAUUUCCUCCUGUAGUAACACUGGAUCAAUAAGAGAUGAUCCUUACUGGACCUCUAGGAAGAACAGUUUAGAACUAGUAGAGCUAUCCAGUAUCAAUAAAGUUAAUUUAUGUUUCCUCCUGUUGUAAAAUUGGAUCAAUAAGAGAUAAUCCUUACUGGACCUCUAGGAAGAACAGUUCAGAACUGAUAGAGUUAUCCAGUAUAAAGAAAGUUAGUUUAGUUUAUGUUUCCUCCUGUAGUAAAAUUGGAUCAAUAAGAGAUGAUCAUUACUGGACCUCUAGGAAGAACAGUUCAGAACUGAUAGAGCUAUCCAGUAUAAAUAAAUUUAGUUUAGUUUAGGUUUCCUCCUGUAGUAACACUGGAUCAAUAAGAGAUGAUCCUUAUUGAACCUUCUCUUAGAAUACAGUAAUUGAUCCAUAGUGUUGUUUCUCAAAUUAAAACCUUUUCUUGCAGAGGCUAACCCAGAUAAAUUCACAAACCGGUUUUAUAGCUUGUAUUUCUACGGCAAGGUAAGAUCUGUAUAGACAGCUUUAAAUAAGAAAGCUUUUGUUGAUAUUGCUUUUCAAUCAGUACAGUGUGAACAAUCGAUCUAUUUCUGUUUUUAGCGCGGCGGACGCACCGUUAUUCAAAGAAGGUCAAGGGAUCUUUUUCGCCAUGUGAAAUUAGAGGUAUGGAUCGUUGUUUUCUACUUUUCUCGGAAAUUAUUAAUGAGUAUACGUUUAAGAAAGUGUUUAAGAAACGGACGGUGUGAAGAUUUUACAUUACUUUCAAUUUUUCUAGUGUGAUGGCGUUGAUUUGAGUGAGAAGAUAGCAGAACUGAAACCUCAGUGCCUUCUUUUCUUAAAUAUCUCAUCGUAAGUAUGUAGUAUAUAGCAAAACUCCCUUUUCAAAUAGCAAAACCCCUUUUCAAAUAGCAAAACUCCCUUUUCAAAUAGCAGAACAUCCUUUUCAAAUAGCAGAACACCCUUUUCAAAUAGCAAAACUCCGUUUUCAAAUAGCAAACCCCCUUUUCAAAUAGCAAAACUCCCUUUUCAAAUAGCAGAACACCCUUUUCAAAUAGCAGAACACCCUUUUCAAAUAGCAAAACUCCGUUUUCAAAUAGCAAACCCCCUUUUCAAAUAGCAAAACUCCCUUUUCAAAUAGCAGAACACCCUUUUCAAAUAGCAGAACACCCUUUUCAAAUAGCAAAACUCCGUUUUCAAAUAGCAAACCCCCUUUUCAAAUAGCAAAACUCCCUUUUCAAAUAGCAGAACACCCUUUUCAAAUAGCAGAACACCCUUUUCAAAUAGCAAAACUCCGUUUUCAAAUAGCAAACCCCCUUUUCAAAUAGCAAAACUCCCUUUUCAAAUAGCAGAACACCCUUUUCAAAUAGCAGAACACCCUUUUCAAAUAGCAAAACUCCGUUUUCAAAUAGCAAACCCCCUUUUCAAAUAGCAAAACUCCCUUUUCAAAUAGCAGAACACCCUUUUCAAAUAGCAGAACACCCUUUUCAAAUAGCAAAACUCCGUUUUCAAAUAGCAAACCCCCUUUUCAAAUAGCAAAACUCCCUUUUCAAAUAGCAGAACACCCUUUUCAAAUAGCAGAACACCCUUUUCAAAUAGCAAAACUCCGUUUUCAAAUAGCAAACCCCCUUUUCAAAUAGCAAAACUCCCUUUUCAAAUAGCAGAACACCCUUUUCAAAUAGCAGAACACCCUUUUCAAAUAGCAAAACUCCGUUUUCAAAUAGCAAACCCCCUUUUCAAAUAACAAAACUCCGUUUUCAAAUAGCAAAACUCCGUUUUCAAAUAGCAAAACUCCGUUUUCAAAUAGCAAAAUCCGUUUGCUGUCUCGUAGUCUGAACAUACUUUUCAGAAACCUGUACUUUAUGAACCUUAUUUUUAAAGACUAAGUACACAUUGAGUACUGAGUUUGUUCUAGCGCAAGUACGCGGCAACAACCAUUGGCGUACCAGUCAGGUACGACUAGAAAUCUUGAAUGAUCGCACCCUGCAUCAGAAGAACAAAAUUGCACUAGAAUCGCAACAAAAAUUGCAAAUGUAAACUGGCCUUUAGAAUGAAAUUGAAUAACAUGAUCUCAUAUAAUUAUUUUGCUUCAUGUUGUACAGAUACGGUGGAGGAACUUUACCUUGGGGAAAUCCACUCAAGGAAUACGAGGUAACUCUACACCUUAUACUGGCUUAUAGGCCCAUUGCCACUCGAGAAAAUUUUCCACGAAUAGAAAAUUUUCCGAAAAUAUCAUUGUUAAAAGUUGAAAAUUUUCAAAAGUUCAAAAUUUUUUUUCCCACGGAAAAUUUGUGUCGACCAAUCACAUUUUACAAAAAUUUUCUUUCUGCGGAAAAUUUUCCUGAGUGGAAGUGGGCCUUGACAGGGGUGGAAAAAAUAGGCGAGCAGGCGAGCACUGCUUGCAGAAAAUGUUAAACAGCUGCAGGAAAUUCGUUUGAAUGAAGAUUUGCUAUUGAAAAUUUGAAGGAAACCUUAACACCCAUGUCUGGAUGUGCCACUAUGGGCGCGAGAACAUAUAUGGGACGGUGUACUUAUAUGGGACGGUGUACAACUAAAUCAAUAUUGUUGUACAAAGUCUUGAAUGGCUACAUCGGCCGCAACCUUAAGGAGUCUCUAAUAUUGAGAAACACUCGCCAAACUAACCACGAUCUUAGAAAUAGUGUAACAGAUUUAACCCUUCCUAAACCAAAAAGAGAGUACCUUAAAAAGAGUUUCAAUUAUAGUGGAGCUAAAUUGUGGAAUAGCCUCCCGUUUGAUGCAAAGGUAGCGGAAUCUGUUAGCCAAUUUAAGAAUAUUAUUAGAGGUAAUGAUAGCUAAAUGAUAUUUGUGGUCACACCAGUAACAUUUACAAUGUAAAUAUUUCUUUUUUGUAAAUGGUUAAUAUUUGACGCCCCCCGUGGAAAUCAGCUAAUUGCUGUCGGGGGCCAGCAUCAUUAAAUAAAGUUUUACCAUACCAUACCAUGGUUGACAGACAUUAUUCCUUGAAUUUAACACCAUGGUCAGCUAGAACACUAUAUGUUUAUGCACAUGCAGAUUUAGCACAAAAAUACUCCGUUGGUCUGCAGGAAAUUUUUGUCUCCAGGUUGUGCUUCCAGGAAGAAAAUUAUUUUUUCCUGCCCUGCACCGUAUGGCGGGCGAUUUAUAACUUCAGUUUGCUUCACGGAUGUCUUCUGUAUGUAGGAAUUCAGAGGUCAGCGAUUUGACGAUGGUUAUGUUGAGGUUAUUGGUUUGACGUCAACAUCUUUAGUAAGUUACACAAAUGUCACUUUGUUCUAAAAUCUAAUCCCCGAGCAAAUUACAUUCAUUGGCCAACGGUCCGACUCUGCAGUCUAGUAUCUACAAUGGAUUAGGUAAUUUAAUGUAAUUCCCAAAGAUACUCCACUAGUCUUAUAACCCAACCUUUCACACUUUUGUUGGUGAUUCCAAAAGAAAACACGUCAGAUUAUUUUACCCAUUUUUGUCUCAUUCAUAGGCGACGACUCGCGUUGGUGGGCAUGGCCUGAGAAUCUCACAGUGUCAGAACGCAGUUUUGUCAACGUAUAAAGUCCUGCCUUUUCAAGUUGACGGGGGUAAGGCAAAUGACGUUUAAAAAAAUAUGUUCCUCAGGUUUACGUGCCCAAAACUCAGUUUUCAAAUGCCAGAGCUACCUUUUCAAAAGCCAGAACUCCGUUUUCAGAUGCUAAAACUCAGUUUUCAAAAGCCAGAACUCCCUUUUCUAAUGCCAAAACUCCGUUUUCAAAUGCCAGAACUCCUUUUUCAAAAGCCUGAACUCCGUUUUCAAAUGCCAAAACUCUGUUUUCAAAUGCCAAAACUCUGUUUUCAAAUGCCAAAACCCAGCUUUCAAAUGCCAGAACUCCUUUUUAAAAAGCCAGAACUCCGUUUUCAAAUGCUAAAACUCCCUUUUCAAAUGUCAGAACUCAGUGUUCAAAUGCCAGAACUACCUUUUCAAAAGCCAGAACUCCGUUUGGAAAAUCACGUACUUUUUAUAAAUUUUAAUAAAUAUACAAAAUAUAAACUUUAACCGAUUUGAAUUUUCUCUCGAAUAAUUACUGUUAGCCCCAGCAGAGCGACACAGCUCACCUCUGACACCUCUAACGUUUCAUUUUAUUGACUAAAGGUUUGUGACAGCCGAAUUGUUUUAUAUUUUGACGAUGCCAUUGUUGUAUUGGAUUUAGUUUUAUUUUUUAACUAUUUUACAGAACCAUGCCGGCUCCUGCCCUCUGUCAUCACUAUCAAUUUACGAAAUCAAGCAAAUAUGAUUAAAAAGAUUAAGGUGAAUAUGACCUAUUUGCUUUUCUCAAGUGACUUCGAAUGUUUUAAUUAAUUCUUACCCAUCUGUACUUUUGCAGAAAAAUUCUCACAGAGGAAGUUCUAAUCCAGGGUAAGUCAUUGGUAUAUUUUCCACAGAGGUCCAGCCAUCCCAAGUGUUACAACAGGAGGAAAUCUAAACUGAACUAAAUAGAAUGCUAGAUAGCAUUAUCAAUUCUAAACUGUUCUCUCUAGAGUUCCAGUUAGGAUCAUCUCUUAUUGAUCCAAUGUUACUACAGGAGGAAACCUAAACUAAACUAACUCUAUUUAUACUGGAUAGCUUUAUCAGUUCUAAACUGUUCUCCCUAGACGUCCAGUAAGGAUCAUCUCUUAUUGAUCCAGUGGAUAGCUCUAUCAGUUCUAAACUGUCCUUCCUAGAGGUUCAGUAAGGAUCAUCUCUUAUUGAUCCAGUGGAUAGCUCUAUCAGUUCUAAACUGUUCUCCCUAGACGUCCAAUAAGGAUCAUCUCUUAUUGAUCCAGUAUUACUACAGAAGAAAAUCUCAACUAAACUAACUUUAUUUAUACUAGAUCGUACUAUCAGUUAUUUAUACUGGUUUGUUGUAUCAGUUCUAAACCGCUCUUCUUCCAGGAGUACAAAUUGUUCUUCCUGGAGUUCCUUUCUACUUUUUGUUUUCAUUCCAUGUUUUAUUUCAUAUUUCAAGAAGUCCGUUAUCUCCUGUUCCACCAAUCAAUGCAAAAAUAUACAUGACAGAUUUCGAGGAUUACAAGAAGAACUUUCAUGACAUAAAGAAGAUCGCUGAAGUUGGUACGUUGGUUGUCAAAGCAUGUAUUGUAUAUUCUACCAUAAGCUCCCGUGUUAUCUUAUGUUAUUAUACUGAUAUGGUUUGUGUCUGAACUACCUGAAAAAUAUAUCUCAAACGUAGAGGUUCAGUGUAGGUAGUAUUCUACAAUAAGCUGUCGUGGUUUGUGUCUGAACUACCUGAAAAUAUAUAUCUCAAAUGUGGCGGUUCAGUGUAGGUAGUAUUCUACAAUAAGCUGUCGUGGUUUGUGUCUGAACUACCUGAAAAAGAUAUCUCAAACGUGGUGGUCCAGUGCAGGUAGUAUUCUACAAUAAGCUGUUGUGGUUUGUGUCUGAACUACCUGAAAAAGAUACCUCAAACGUGGUGGUCCAGUGUAGGUAGUAUUCUACAAUAAGCUGUCGUGGUUUGUGUCUGAACUACCUGAAAAAGAUAUCUUAAACGUUGUGGUCCAGUGUAGGUAGUAUUCUACAGUAAGCUGUCGUGGCUUAUGUCUGAACUACCUGAAAAAGAUAUCUCAAACGUGGUGGUCCAGUGUAGGUAGUAUUCUACAAUAAGCUGUCGUGGUUUGUGUCUGAACUACCUGAAAAAGAUAUCUCAAACGUGGUGGUCCAGUGUAGGUGGUGUUCUACAAUAAGCUGUCGUAGUUUGUGUCUGAACUACCUGAAAAUAUAUAUCUCAAAUGUGGCGGUUCAGUGUAGGUAGUAUUCUACAAUAAGCUGUCGUGGUUUGUGUCUGAACUACCUGAAAAAGAUAUCUCAAACGUGGUGGUCCAGUGUAGGUAGUAUUCUACAAUAAGCUGUCGUGGUUUGUGUCUGAACUACCUGAAAAAAUAUCUCAAACGUGGUGGUCCAGUGCAGAUAGUAUUCUACAAUAAGCUGUCGUAGUUUGUGUUUGAACUACCUGAAAAAGAUAUCUCAAACGUGGUGGUCCAGUGUAGGUAGUAUUCUACAAUAAGCUGUCGUGGUUUGUGUCUGAACUACCUGAAAAAGAUAUCUCAAACGUGGUGGUCCAGUGUAGGUAGUAUUCUACAAUAAGCUGUCGUGGUUUGCGUCUGAGCUACCUGAAAAGAUAUCUGAAACGUGAUGGUCCAGUGUAGGUAGUAUUCUACAAUAAGCUGUCGUGGUUUGUGUCUGAACUACCUGAAAAAGAUAUCUCAAACGUGGUGGUUCAGUGUAGGUAGUAUUCUACAAUAAGCUGUCGUGGUUUAUGUGUGAACUACCUGAAAAAGAUAUCUCAAACGUGGUGGUCCAGUGUAGGUAGUAUUCUACAAUAAGCUGUCGUGGUUUGUGUCUGAACUACCUGAAAAAGAUAUCUCAAACGUGGUGGUCCAGUGUAGGUAGUAUUCUACAAUAAGCUGUCGUGGUUUGUGUCUGAACUACCUGAAAAAGAUAUCUCAAACGUGGUGGUCCAGUGUAGGUAGUAUUCUGCAAUAAACUGUCGUGGUUUGUGUCUGAACUACCUGAAAAAGAUAUCUUAAACGUGGUGGUCCAGUGUAGGUAGUAUUCUACAAUAAGCUGUCGUGGUUUGUGUGUGAACUACCUGAAAAAGAUAUCUCAAACGUGGUGGUCCAGUGUAGGUCGUAUUCUUCAAUAAGCUGUCGUGGUUUGUGUCUGAACUACCUGAAAAAGAUAUCUCAAACGUGGUGGUCCAGUGUAGGUAGUAUUCUACAAUAAGCUGUUGUGGUUUGUGUCUGAACUACCUGAAAAAGAUAUCUCAAACGUGUGAUUUAGAAUUCUGACUUCGACGUGUGCAGCGAAGGCUUUUCGUUAAUUUCUUAUUUGAUAUUUUUUUAUUUUAUUUUUAGUCAAGCAGUUCAACAAAGCACAAAAAGAAGAAGAAAAAGCGAGACUCUUGAUACGUUUAUAUUGUGGUAAGUAUCAUUCAUUAAUUUGUUGCUACGUACAAAUAUUCUUCGGGUUUCAUUUGUUACAUUAACUACUUUUGAGUUCUUUUAAAAAAAUCUCAAUCUUUUCUUUUACUGCAUUUAAAUCAUUUGAGCACACACCGUUUUGAAUUUCGUGUUUUCCCAUCGCAUUCUUAAGGCUUUCGUUCAUAACUGGCUGGAUUUUUAACCCCUCGAGUUGUUUAAACAAUUCGCAAGGCGAGUCAGAGAUUGGUUUCAAUCCUAAAGCGAGCAAAACGUCCUUUCCAAACUUGCUAUAAUGUGCUGUGCUUGACAGCAGCAGCUUGCGGGCGGAGGGUGGUCUUUUGAGGGCAACAUUCAGGCCGACUGCAGUGUGCGGGUCAAGUAGGUAAUGGUUUUGGUCAAAACAUGUCUUUAUGGUUGUUUUGCAUUCCGCUUCGCUCGCCCAGCCAGGUUCGAUAUAAGUCGCCAUUUUCUGACGCAAAUCUUCAGAAAUCUAGAAAUUAAACAUAAUGUUAAAAUAAACGGUUCGCCGUAGUGACUAGGGUUCAAUUCCUGCCAGAGUGAAUUUGAGGGUGUAUUUCCGAAAGAUCUUCGGCGCAUAACAGCGACUCGAACAAAGUUUGGCGCACAUUUUUGGCGCAGAUUGAUCGCAAAUAUUGAUUUGGCGCAACAAUUUGGCGCAGAAUGAUCCCAAAAUCAAUUUGGCAAAGAUUUGGCAAAGAAGCAAUUGAGCAUUUAUGUAAUAGUAUAUUUGAAAUUAUGAUUUGAGAAGAAUGAAAAGCCAAAUUUCGAAAAUUCGGUGGAAAUUUCGGAUAUUUUCGAAAACCGCAUAUUUUUUUGCGACAAUUUUCUUGGCGCAGGUUUUGGCGCAGCUUUACAUGAAUUCGAAAAAUCUUCGGCGCAGAAAAAUUGAGAGAUUCACCCUGGAAUUCCUGCAGUAGGCAUUUGUCUAAUUGAUCAAUAAGAGAUGAUCCUUACUGGAUCUCUAGGGAGAACAGUUUAGAACUGAUAGAGCUAUCCAGUAUAAAUAAAGUUAGUUUAGUUUAGGUUUCCUCCUGUAGUAACACUGGAUCAAUAAGAGAUGACUCUUACUGGACCUCUAGGGAGAACAGUUUAGAACUGAUAGAGCUAUCCAGUAUAAAUAAAGUUAGUUUAGUCUGUAUUCUUAACUAUCACCCUAACCUCGAAAUAUUUUUCCGUCGCCAGUUGUUGAAAGAGCUUGCUAACCAGAGCGCCAUCCUUGGUCACGUGGUACAGAAAUCGUUCCAAGUUUGAAGACUUGAGGAUAUCAAUGGAGGGAGAUAUAGACAUCUCAAGAUGGCGGCCUCUCAGAUCGUACUUUCCGGUGGUGAAGAAAUCAGUAAGAACAUUGUUCGUAUUGGAUGCACAGAUCAGGGUGUGGAAUGGAAUGCCCAUCUCCUAAGGUAUAAACAAUGAAAGACCAUUGCACAUGGUGACAUAUUGUAUAAACAGUGUAAUAAUUUUGGGCAUUAUUUAAAGGAAAGUUUACUGCAACUUGCAAUGCGUUUUCGGAUACAGUAUAGUCAGGCCUACAAAAUAUAUUUCUCUUCCUGACAGCAAAAUGCAAAAAUAUAAAUUUCCUUUGUGAGUCAAAUACAAAACCUCCUUCAUAUGUAGAUUUCUAUACAUUAUGAUAGACAAUA